GCCUAGUCGUCCACAGCUCACGUCCCGCGGAUUUACAAUCAACAAUUGACAUACAAUUCUGCCUUGGGAUACCUUUCUCUCCCAUCGGUAUAUUUUCUAAAUAUGAGGGUGUACCCUGCCUUCACCCUGAGAGACAACUGGGAUAGGCUUCAGUAACCCCCGCGACCCUCACGGAUAAAGCAGAAAGAUGAUGAGAUGAGAAAGUAACCUUUAUUCGCUGCCCUAUGCUACAACAGCAGGUGGUUCGUGUCUCCGAACAUGGUCUAGCUUAAAUCUCCGAUCAGUGAAGCAGCAGCAGCGGCCCACUAGCACUGAACCAGGAUGUCCAGCAGCUCGGGCUACCCCCCCAGCCAGGGGAGCUUCAGCAGCGAGCAGAGCCGAUACCCACCACAUUCUGUCCAGUACACCUUCACUGGCACCCGGCACCAACAGGAUUUCACCGUCUCGGAUUAUAGGACUCAUAUGCAAGAUCCACAAAGUCGGAGAAGACCAUCUUUGCUAUCUGAAUUCCACCCUGGAACUGAAAGGCCUCCAGAGAGACGCCAUGGUUACGAACAGCAGUUUCACUCCAUCACAUCCCAGUCUGAGCAUGAGGCCUUGGAGUCUAAACGCCCUCGCAUGGAGACUGUUGCUGAGUCUCACAUCAGCCGCAACAAUCCCACAGCUGGUGGAAUUGUUCUGCCUCUAACCCAUGCAGUACAGGACAGUUUAAGAGCCACUGUGGAUGUUAAAAAGGAGUCUCAGUUCAAUGUCAAAGUGGAGUCCCCAUCCCCAGGAGGACAUGCGCUACACAUGGGGGAAGAGCAGGACACGUCUCCCUCAAAACUUUCCAAGGAGGAGCUGAUCCAGAGCAUGGACCGUGUUGACAGAGAGAUUGCAAAAGUGGAGCAGCAGAUUUUCAAGCUGAAGAAAAAGCAGCAACAACUGGAGGAGGAAGCAGCAAAGCCAGUGGAGCCAGAAAAGCCAGUGACCCCUCCCCCAGUGGAGCACAAGCACCGCAGCAUAGUCCAGAUCAUCUACGAUGAGAACAGGAAAAAAGCUGAAGAGGCCCAUAAGAUACUGGAAGGUCUUGGUCCUAAGGUUGAGCUGCCUCUGUACAAUCAGCCAUCCGACACAAAGGUGUACCAUGACAACAUCAAGACCAACCAAGUCAUGAGAAAGAAGCUGAUUUUGUUUUUCAAGAGGAGGAAUCACGCUCGUAAACAAAGGGAACAGAAGAUCUGCCAGCGCUAUGACCAGUUGAUGGAAGCGUGGGAGAAGAAGGUGGAGCGAAUGGAGAACAACCCUCGACGCAAAGCCAAGGAGAGCAGGACACGGGAGUACUAUGAAAGGCAAUUCCCAGAGAUCCGCAAGCAGAGAGAGCAGCAGGAGCGCUUCCAGAGGGUUGGACAAAGAGGAACAGGUCUGUCUGCAACAAUUGCAAGAAGCGAGCAUGAGAUUUCAGAAAUCAUAGAUGGACUAUCUGAGCAGGAGAACAAUGAGAAACAGAUGAGACAGCUGUCAGUCAUCCCUCCCAUGAUGUAUGACUCUGAGCAGAGGCGAGUGAAGUUCAUCAACAUGAAUGGCCUGAUGGACGACCCAAUGAAGGUGUACAAAGCCCGGCAGUUCAUGAAUGUUUGGACUGAACACGAGAAGGAGAUCUUUAAGGAGAAGUUUGUCCAACACCCCAAGAACUUUGGCCUGAUUGCCUCCUAUCUGGAGAGAAAGUGUGUUGCUGACUGUGUCCUUUACUACUACUUGACCAAGAAGAACCACAACUACAAGACGUUGGUGCGGCGAAACUAUGGCAGACGGAGGGGAAGGAACCAGCAAAUAACACGACCCUCACAAGAAGACAAGUCCGACGAGAAAAACGAAGAGGACAAAUCUGAGAAGUCUGAGAAAAAAGAGGACGAGGAAAAGAAGGACGAGGAAGAGAAAGAUGAAAAGGAGGAUUCUAGGGACAUUGGCAAGGACAAAGACAAGUGUGACGGUGGGGAGGACGAGGACGGGAAGGAGCAAAACACGCCGCGUGGCAGGAAGACUGCCAACAGCCAGGGCCGCCGUAAGGGAAGGAUCACCACACGCUCCAUGGCCAAUGAGGCCGCUUCUGUGGCGGCCGAAGAGACGCCUCCCCCUGCCGCCGAGACUGCCUUGCCAGAUCCUCAGCAGCUCCCUAAAUCUGAUCCAGCACAGAAGGCCAUGAAGGAGUCUGUAAAACCCCAGACUCCAGUAGCUUCUAUGGAUGCUAAUAAAGCUGGUGCUGGUGAAACCGGAGAAACUUCUCGCUGGACCGAGGAGGAGAUGGAGGUCGCCAAAAAAGGGCUUGUUGAGCAUGGGCGAAACUGGACAGCCAUUGCAAAAAUGGUGGGCACCAAAAGUGAGGCACAGUGCAAGAACUUCUAUUUCAACUACAAGAGACGUCACAAUCUGGACAACCUGCUCCAGCAGCAUAAACAGGACACACGGCGGGCUCGUGCUGAUAGGUCUCAAGGUGAAGGUCUAGCCACAGCAUCACCCGAUGAUGAUGAUGAAGACAACCCUGAUGACAGUGAAGGUGGUGACAACAGCUCUGAUACAGAGAGUGCCCCCUCCCCCUCUCAGGCUGACUCCUCAAAGUCUGGGGACUCCAAGAGGGCAGACAGCACUGCAGGAGAUGCUCUGUGCACUGACCAGGACAAAGGUCAAAGCAGCAAUGGAAAGGCCCAGGAGCCCUCAUAUGGAGAUCUCCGUGUCAAGGAAGAGAAGAGCCCAGAGAGCGAGACUGGAGCUCAAGAGGCCAGGGUGGCCUCCUACCCAGGCUCGGUGCAUCCCAAGACCGAACCUCAGGAUGUAGACAUGAAGACAGGCGAGGUUCAGGUCAAGAUGGAGCCUGAGAUGAAGGAGAGAGGAGAAAAGGGAGAUCAUGGUGGAAGGGAGGUGCACUCAGAUAAUGACUCCAGCGCCACCUGCAGUGCUGAUGAGGAUGUGGAAGCGGAGCCUGAAAGGAGAAUAUUCUCCAUGGAAAAGCCCUCAUUGCUCAACCCUCCAGGGUCGGUGCUGGUGUCCUCACCCAAGCAAAGCCAACUCAACAUCCAGCAGCUGCAACAGCGGGCAGCUGCUAUCCCACCUAUGGUUCCUGGUCCUUUUGGCCCCGGUGGUGUGCCCAUCAGUGGCUUCACAAUGCUGCAACACCAGAUCAAAGCAGUGCAUGAUUCGGCGCACCAAGAGGAGAAGCAGAGGCAGGAUCAGGGAGACCUGGAGCGCAGACCCCCCUUCAACACCCGCAGCCCCACCAUACUAGACAGAGAUGGUAAGCCCUUACCCUACAUGCCUUAUGACAUGAAGCUGGCUCUGGACCAGGAGGCCCUCUCCGGUCGGCCAGGCUCUCCCUACAGACUCUCCCCCAGGGAGCUGAGCAGAGCCUCACCCCAGCAUGACCCCAACGCCCCCAAUGUCUCCCGCUACAGUGUGCCACCAGUCCUCCACCCUGCCCCCAAUCAGCUGGUCCAGAGUAUGCCAGAUGGAGUCCGUGUGACGUUCAGCAGACCCAGUCGACCUCCCAACAUUCCCUCUCCUCCUCCACUCAUUCCAACCACCAAGCCGACGGACAAGCCCUCCUUCAUCCAAGGCGGCUCCAUCUCCCAGGUAAGACACCAGGAGGGCUGGAUGGAAAAGGUCAGAUGGUGGACACAGUGGAGCAACCCUGCUCAGCAAACAGGAACUCCUGGCACAUACCUGCCAUCCCAUGCUGUUUAUGGGCCAGAAGGCACUAAGAGCACUGUUGGUUCCAUCUCUCUGGGUCUGCCUCGACAGCAGGAUCCUAACAAGCCUGGAGCUGCAGUUCCAUCCAUACAGGAUGGCAGAUGCAACCCAGCAAAAGUGGCUGAGGGUCUGCCUUUCAGAGGAUCAAUCACUCAGGGCACACCAGCCCUGCCCCAGUCCAGCAUUGCUGCUGACCUUCUGAAGGGCACAAUAACAAAACUUGCCACAGAGGACCUAAGCAGCCCGGACAAGGCCAGGGGAGAACAGCUGGCUAAAGGUCAUGUCAUUUAUGAAGGCAAAAGUGGUCACAUCCUCUCCUAUGAUGCUAUCAAGAACCCCAGGGAAAACACCCGCAGCCCCAGAACAGGCCAUGAGCUAAAACGCACUUAUGACAUGAUGGAGGGACCCAUGGGGAGGGGACACCCUGGCAGAGAAGGAGCUCCAUUUGAGGGGUUGAUCAGCAGAGCCUUGCCAAGAGAUGGUUUACAUGGAGAGUCUAAGGAAAGACCAUUGAUCACUGGAUCCAUCAUGCAAGGGACACCUAGAACUGCUGCAGAGACCUAUGAAGAAGCCAUGAAAUAUGGAAAACAGAUAAAGCGAGAGAGUCCACCGAUUCGCUCCUUUGAUGGGGGUAUUGGCAAGGGCAAACCGUAUGAAGGGGUAAAUACUAUCAAAGAGAUGGGACGCUCCAUUCAUGAAAUCCCCAGACAAGAUCAGUCUGGCCAGGACCUCUGCAAAACCCCUGAACUGUCGGACCGGAGGGUUAUGGAAGGCUCCAUGUCUCAGAUUCAUUCUCUCAACCAGCCUACCAUCAAGCACAACGUCAAGUCCCUAAUCACCAGUCCCUCUAAGCUUCCCCACAACAUGCCCCAGCUCGAGGCCAUGGAACGAGUCAAAUAUGAUGAGGGCAAGGCAGUACGCCAUACUUCUGUGGUCAACUCCACCACCUCUGUCCUGCGCUCCACCCACCAGGAGGCCAACAAAUCCCAGCUUAGCCCAGGCAUGUAUGAGGACACCAAUGCUCGCAGGACCCCUGUUAACUAUAGCACCAAUCCCGUGUCCAGAGGAUCACCCAUGCUGGGACGUGCUCCAGAAGGCGCCAUGAGCUCUUCAAAAUCUGCUGCACAUGAAAGAAAGAGUGCCAUGACCCCAACACAGAGGGACAUUGUCCCAGCCAAGUCCCCAGUGUCGGGUGGUGACCCAGUAGCCUCUCACAGCCCCUUUGACCCCCACCACCGGCCUGUUGUUCCUGGGGAAGUGUAUCGUCCUCACCUGCCUCCACACCUCGAUCCCACCCUGGCCUUCCACAGAGUUCUUGAUCCUGCGUUCAUGUUCCCCAGGCAGCCGUCCCCAACAGGCUACCACAACACCUACCAACUGUACACCAUGGAGAACACACGGCAGACGAUCCUGAACGAUUAUAUCACUUCGCAGCAGAUGCAUGUGAUCCCUAGGCCUGACAUGGCCCGAGGACUGUCACCACGUGAACAGCCUGUCACUAUCCCUUACGCAGCUGGAGCUCGAGGGAUUAUUGAUCUAGCCCAGAUGCCUCCAACUAUCCUGUUGCCUCACCCUGUGGGAACAGGUACUCCCACUUUGGAACGCAUGGCCUACCUCCCUGGAGCUCAGCCCCCUUUCCCUACUAGGGCUUUCAACCCAACCUCCAUAUCGCCAGGCCACCAAGCCAACCUUGCCGCUGCCGCUGCUGCCAGUGCAGAGAGGGAACGUGAGAGGGAGCGUGACCGGGAGCAACAGGAGAAAGAGAGAGAAAAGGAAAGAGAAAGGGAGCAGCGGGAGAGGGAGAGGGAGCGAGAGAGAGAGCGGGAGCGAGAAAUGCGUGAACGAGAGCGGGAGCGAACAAAUGAAUACAUUCGUGGAGGUGGACCAGAGCAGCCGGGCCGGCCGAUGAGUCGAGGUUACCUGCACUCCCCCUCUCCCUCACUCAGGACGCAGGAUGUAGUGGUUCAGCAGCGACCAAGCAUCUUCCAGGGCAAGAGUGUCAUCACCUCUUUAAUGCCCCAUUCAGCAGCAGCCACAGCAGCAGCCCAGAGUAGCUCUCGCUACAGUACUGCAGCUGAUGCUCUGGCUGCUCUGGUGGAUGCUGCGGCAUCUGCCCCGGCGAUGGACGUGGUCAAGGUGAAAGACAGCAAACAUGAUCGGGAUGACGACAUGUCUGCUCGGCGAGCUGCAAGCCUCUCUGAACAGCAGCAGCAGGAUGUAGACAGGCGAGCCAUGCAGUCACCAUAUGGUGGAAUGUCUCUGCCAGGGGGUAAGCCUCACUCAGCUUAUUCUGAGGCAACUGGAGUUGGGGCUAAGGAGAAGGGCCCUCAAACCUCAAAGUCCAGAAUUGAAGAGGAGCUCCGGACUCGGGGCAAGACGACCAUCACAGCCGCCAACUUCAUUGAUGUCAUCAUUACGCGGCAGAUAGCCUCAGACAAAGACUCACGAGAGCGAGGCUCUCAGAGCUCUGACUCCUCAAGCAGCUUGUCAUCUAGUCGAUACGACAACACUGGUGGAGGAGCCAUUGAGGUGAUCAGUCCUGCUAGUUCCCCAGUCCAAUCCCAACAGGAUAAACCAGAUGAGGGGCAACAACAGGCAGCAACUGGCAUGCGGGCGUAUGACAUGAGCCGUUACCGGCAGUCAGGGGAGCCACCACAGCCCAGUCCCCAGCCGCCCCCCACCUCCCAGGCUGACAGCUACUCCCAGGGCCCAAAGACUCUACGGGUCAUGACCUUGGCAGACCAUAUUUCGCAUAUCAUAACUCAAGACUUCGCCCGGAAUCAGGACCCUCCUCCAGCCUCCUCGGCUUCGGCCACAUUCCAGAGCGUGGUGCCGCCCAUGUCCUCUUCAAGCCGAGCCAAGGUGCCAAGUCGCUACAGUCCGGAGAAUCAGGUUCAAGCCCCUCACCACCAGAGACCCUCUAGCAGAGUUUCCCCAGAAAAUGCCCCCGACAAGUCCAGAAACAGGCCUGGUAAAUCUCCAGAGCGAGGUGGCCGGCAGAUGGAGAACUAUGAGCCCAUCUCUCCUCCACAGAGCUACCAAGGCAUGGACAAACAGGAGGGUGGCGGGCCUCCACCCCAGAGGAGAGAGGCUGAGUCUGAGAUCAGGAGUGACUCACGGUCCCCAGGGAGUGUCAGCUAUCUGCCCUCCUUUUUCACCAAGCUGGAGAGCACCUCGCCAAUGGUGAAAUCCAAGAAGCAGGAGAUCUUUCGUAAGUUGAACUCCACCUCUGGUGUCGGUGAUUCUGAUGUUGGAAAUGCACAACCGGGCACAGAGAUUUUCAACUUGCCUGCUGUUACCAGCUCCAGCAGCAUCAACCCCAGGAAUCACUCCUUUAGUGAUCCAGCCAGUAACCUGGGCCUGGAGGACAUCAUCCGCAAAGCCUUGAUGGGCAACUUGGAGGAAAGACAAGAGGAUCACCAGGCCAUCAACAACACAGCCGGAUCAGGCGGUGAUGGUCGCCAAGAGGCCAACCCUUCACCCAGUAUGGGGAAGCAGAAGCAGGGCAAAGCCAACAGCCGGAAAUCCAAGUCACCAAACCUGGGUCAGGCCUACUCUGGAGGGGAGCGUCCUUCCUCAGUGUCCUCCGUCCACUCCGAGGGAGAUUACCACAGACAAGCCCAAGCCCAACCCCAGUGGAGCUGGGAUGAGCGACCCUCAUCUACAGGAUCCAUGCAGUUCCCUUACAACCCGCUGACCAUGCGCAUACUGAGCAGCACACCUCCCACCUCCAUAGCUUCCCCCGCCAUACAGAGCCAGCAGCAGCAGCCACCACAAGCUGGAGCCCCGGUGGCUCAGCAGCGUGUGUGGCAGUCUUUGCUGUCAGAGCAAUACGAGACCCUGUCUGACAGCGAUGACUGAGCCCAGCUCGACAGCCCCCAUAACCAGAAGAGAGGCCUGCUGUAAAGCUUGUCUGUUCACCCCCACCUCCUAGAACUAACCUCGCUCAUCAGCGAGUGUGACGUGUAGAUGGGGUGGUGUCCUUUUUUAUUUUUGGUGCUAUGGCGCCCCCUGGCUGUUAGCUUGGAGUAGAAGCAGCAGCCUGUGACAGGCAGGGCUCUCCAGAACAACAUUCGCUUUUGUUCCGGAAGCACUCACCCAGCCUGUCGGGGGAAAUAAACAGAACUCGACUGAGGGGACGACAUGAGCUACAGUGAAGAUGAAGAACUUAUUAUGUAAAAAGAAACAACAUAAAGAGACUAUUUCUGAAUUUUGUUUGGUUUCUGUAAAGAUAUCUCGUCUUUAAGAAAAUCAUUGUAUGUAAAUAGAGUAACCUUUUGCAGUGUUUUUCUUAACUUGAUUAUUUCUUAUUUUAAUGUUGCUUUUAAAUUGAUCCACUUUAAUUAAAUGGGAAGAGGCGGGGUGUAAUCUCUAUAUCACAGUCGGUCUUUCCCAGUCCACCCCCACCCCAAGUCACCUGACACCCACGCUAAUAUUUUUACGAUGCAAAGAGAGACCAGACCUUCGGUUUGUACUUGACCAUGAGUGGAGCACAGAGAUUGUGCCCCCCUGCGCACACCAUCCACCAAGCACCACCAGAGCCUGAACACCGUGGACACGCAAGGAUGACUAAUAUUUCAAACACAAUGAUAUUUGAUGCCCGUCUUCGCCACAUACUGGAGACAAUGCAUGGAUUGUAUUGAUCAGAUGCUAGAGGUAACUUCCCAUCCCGUUCUAGACACAGAAAUGUCUUCAAUACAAGUACAAAUAUGAGAACACUGGUGUCAUAGCAGAAAGGUGAUAAGUCUGAUAUAAGCUGAUACAAUUUUGCCGGAAAAGAUAUCCUUAUGACUACUCCUGGACCCCGUCUGAAUAAUGACAGUGAGCCAAUGUUUCUUUCUUUCUUUUUUUUUUUUCUCAAUAGAGCCAUGGUGUGUCACAUGUAGCUGUCUCUCUCUGCAGUUUCCAACCUAUCCACAAUAAUCUGCUCUGCAACGUUGUCAUGGUAAAAAAACAAAAAACAAAAAAAAGUGUCAGGUUUUGCCAUGCCUUGUGACUUGAGAAAGAAGGCAGCUUUAACUAAUUUUCUCAGAGAUAUACGUCUGUGUUUGAUGUUUGUAUUUGUUUCUGUAGUCCCUCUUUUUUUUUUGAUACUGUCCUGACAAAAAUCUGAACUCUGUAAAUUGUCUUUCCAUUACACAAAAAGACAAAACUAACCAAACAUAAAGAAUGGUCUGCACCAUUGUUGCACUUUUUUGCUUUUGUAGCUUUUGACAAAAAAAAAAGCAUACUACCUGCUGUGUAACUUAUUCAACCUCCAGCACAGGAGUAUACUAAGAUGUGCUUUAAGUUUUCCCACCACUCACUGAAUUCUGUCUUUCCUUGUAGCUGGUACAUGAUUUUGUCGAGUGACACUUGCAUCACAGUUACAGUUUUUGAGUGUAUGGUACCGUUAAAUGUUUAGGAGUUUGCUGUCAUGGUGAUUCAAAACCAUGGCCCUUUAAUCUCUGCUUUCAUUGAGUCAAUCAACCGGCAUAAAGCUUUGAAUAUUAUACUAGGUCAACUUCAUAAAUGGCAGUAACGUUCUUUUGGUCUUUAUAGAUAUGUGAAAGAAUACCAUAUUUUGGCUUUUUAAGCUUUCACUUUGCUCAGUUAACAAAUCAAUUCUGCUCUAAACUUGAUAUUUCCUUUGUUCCUUUCAUUUGAUUUUGAAUCAUUUGUCAUAGCACAUGUUCAGAUUUUUAUUUUCUGUCAUUUUCAACAUCUUUGUUAUUCAUCCUGGUUAGAUGGGAUGUUAUGUGUUUACAAAAGCAAUGACAAAAAAAAGUUUACAGACUUGAAUCUUAACGAAAAUCCGACAUGAAGCCGAAAAAGAAUUGGAGCAUCUUUUCAGCUCUCUAUCAAAUACACAGUGGUGACUUUUUUUUUUGUCUUUUUUGAAAUUGAGACUUGAAAACCCGUGUAUCCUAUGAUGUUGAAAUGCAAUGUUUGUAUCGCACAAUGUCUCUUAGUAGGCUAUUACAAGAGUUCAGACCAAUCAAAUAAAGUGGUUCAGUUCUCCACCACUGAAAAAUGUA